CUACAGUCUAGCAGUUUCAUGUGACUGCUUCCUCAAACUCAUCACCAUCAACUCGGGAAGAACAUCCUUCAAAUACACUCCCACACUUAGAGACCAUGGCCAAGGGCGGGAAAGGCCCCAAGGGCAAAAAGAUCACCCUUAAUGUGGCAAAGAAUUGCAUCAAAAUCACGUUUGAUGGGAGAAAACGUCUUGAUCUGAGCAAGAUGGGAAUCACCACCUUCCCCAAGUGUAUCUUGCGGCUCAACGAUAUAGAUGAGCUAGAUCUGAGCCGGAAUAUGAUCAGAAAGAUUCCCGACUCCAUCUCCAAGUUCCAGAACCUGCGAUGGCUCGACCUGCACAGUAACUAUAUUGACAAGCUCCCUGAAUCCAUUGGCCAAAUGACCUCCCUGCUCUUCCUCAAUGUCAGCAACAACAGGCUGACCACCAACGGGCUGCCCGUGGAGCUGAACCAGCUCAAGAACAUCCGCACCGUGAACCUGGGCCUUAACCACCUGGACAGUGUGCCCACCACGCUGGGGGCGCUGAAGGAGCUGCACGAGGUGGGGCUGCAUGACAACCUGCUGACUACUAUCCCUGGCAGCAUUGCCAAGCUCCCCAAGCUGAAGAAGCUCAAUGUAAAGAGGAACCCCUUCCCAAAUGCAGAUGAAUCAGACAUGUUCGUAGACUCCAUCAAAAGGCUAGAAAACCUCUAUCUGGUAGAAGAGAAGGAUAUGUGUUCAUCUUGCCUGCAGAAGUGCCAACAGGCCAGGGACAAGUUGAACAAAAUCAAGAGCAUGGCCCCCUCUGCACCGAGAAAGGCCAUCUUUUCCAAUUUGGUUUCACCCAACUCAACGGCCAAGGAUUCCCAGGAAGAAUGGAGGUGA